AAAGGUGAGGAAGCCAGCAGCGUGGUGUUGGAGGACGGCAGGGAGCAGCUGAUGUACGAGAUCCCCCUCAACGAGUCGGGUUCGGCCGGGUUGGGCGUCAGCCUGAAGGGCAACAGGUCCAGAGAGACUGGAGAAGACCUGGGCAUCUUCAUCAAGUCCAUCAUCCACGGAGGGGCUGCGUAUAAGGACGGCCGUUUGAAUGUAAACGACCAGCUUGUAGCCGUGAACGGCGAGUCGCUUCUCGGCCGCUCCAACCACGCCGCCAUGGAGACGCUGAGACGCUCCAUGUCGUCGGAGGGCAACACUCGAGGCACCAUCCAGCUCGUCGUGCUCCGAGCACCCAGACAGAUGGGCAGUGCCACCUCUUCAACAAACCCAGCUCCAAAUGUCUCCAGCUCCCAUCAGUCCGACCCCCAAACAGCUUCCAGCAAUCAGGAGCUGUGGGCCAACGGCGCCUACCAGAAGCCCACCAUGAACACUGCCGGUCACAUGGCGACCAACAACUACAUGCACGGCAGCUCUGGGAAUGCACCGUAUCCCGCUGCGACCACCAACGGAGGCUACGGUCACUACGGCAACGAGGACGAGGAGCCAGAGAGAGACUUCCCCCCGCCUCCUUCCCCCGGCGCCGUGGAGGAGAUGAACAGAGACUUGCCUCGAACUUCCCCACGCCACAGCGAGGUUCCGAUGGCGCCGCACACCGCUGCACAUUUCUACGGCGAGCUGGCCAACGACAGGGACAACGUGCCUCGCAACAGAGCGUCCAAGAGCAUGGACAUGGUGGCUGAUGAGAGCAACGUGGGAUCCCUGGUCGGGCAGAAGAACAGUGAGUGUUUGAUAUAA